GAAGUGAGUCGUGGCUCGUGGCAGCAGGUCAAAACUUCCAGCAUUUGGUCCACGUUUGUCCUUUUCUGUCGUCUACAUACGUGGUCGAUUCGUCCUGAACUAAUGUGAGACUUUUGGAUUCCCGCGAUUGCAACAUGUGUGCUAAACUGACGUUAUGAAGCCUCCUGCUGUGACCAGUCGGGACCAGAAGUAAGAUGGGUCCCCUCCUGUCACUGCCGCUGUGCUACGGGGCCCUGGUGCUGUUCACUGCCAUCCUGCACAACGUGUUCCUCAUCUACUAUGUGGACGUCUUCGUGUCUGUCUACAAGAUCGACAAGAUGUCCUUCUGGAUUGGAGAGACCGUGUUCCUGAUCUGGAACUCCCUGAAUGACCCCUUGUUUGGGUGGAUGAGUGACAAGGCUUUUCUCCAGGCAGACAGCUCAUCUGACCACGGAUCUUCUCCCCAGAUCGUGCUGAGGCGUUUCCGAGCCCUCUUCAUCAACGGGCCGCUCUUCGCCCUGUCGUUUCUCACCUUCUGGGUGGCGUGGGCCAUCCCAGCUGUCCAGUUUGUCGUGUGCCUCUGCCUGUACGAUACAUUCCUCACCAUGGUGGACCUUCACCACAAUGCCUUACUGGCCGACCUGGCCGUGUCGGACAAGGAGCGCACCAGACUCAACUCCUACUGUUCGGUGUUCAGUGCCUUUGGAUCGCUCUCCGUCUUUCUCUCCUAUGCAAUAUGGGACAAGGAGAACCUGGGGAACUUCCGUAUCUUCUGUGCAAUAUUAGUGUGUAUCUCUAUAAGUGGAUUUUUCCUAUGUACCAAUUGGAUGAAGAGACAAUUUAUACGCAGGCAUCAUCACAAAGAGCAGGAUCCACUGCACAGCAUUCUUGUGUCCAGUUCGACUGGCAGUGCAAGUGUCCAGCUGAGUGUCCGGGGUUACUUCAGACAGCUCAUGGCUCACAGGAACUUCCUCUGGUUCACAGCCAUGAAUCUGGUGCAGGUUUUUCAUUGUCACUUCAACAGCAACUUUUUCCCGCUGUUCCUGGAGAACCUGCUAGAGGGCAUCCCACCAUCAGUUUGCUCAGUGCUGCUGGGUAUUUCCUUCAUUUUUCCCCAUAUCAACAACCUGUACUUCCUGACCCUGUGUCGGAGGUAUGGCACCUACGCCGUGAUCCGGGGGCUGUUCCUGGUCAAGCUGGUCCUGAGCACGGCCAUGAUGAUGGUGGGACCAGACUACACCUGGGUGCUCUGCUUCUUCAUAGCCAGUAACAGGGUGUUUACGGAGGGCACCUGUCGCCUGCUGAACCUGGUAGUGAGUGAUCUGGUGGAUGAGGACUAUGUACUGAACAACAGGAAACAGCCAGUCUCAGCCCUGGUGUUCGGUAUGUCGGCCUUCCUGUCCAAACCUGGACAGACAUUAGCACCACUCAUGGGCACAUGGAUACUCUCUGUACAAACAGGCCAUGACAUUUUCCAGGCAGGAAAUGAGUUUGGUUCGAUCCAUGCUGAUACCAGUCAGAUGGACUCCAACACCUUCACCUCCCACCGACUGGGCUGCUUCCAUCUCCUGGUGUAUGUUCCUAUUGCCUGUGCCCUGCUACAGCUCCUAGCCUGGUCCCAGUUCAGUCUCCGUGGCAGCAGGCUACGGUGGAUCAAGUCCCAGCGACAGGGGGGCAGCACCUACAAGUUUGUGUAGCACAUUCCGGGAUUCACAACACACAAUUCCAUCCAUGAAGAAUAGGGGAUGACACCAACUUCCAACCACUACCUUUGACCCAUUGCUGACAUCACAAUUCCAUAAGGACACAUGUCC